AUGAUUGCUCUUCUAUUCGCCGCCUGCCUCCUCUCCGUGGUAACAGUUGAGGGUGAGUUGUGCACUUAAUUUUCUUGAGCGACUCCCCAACAUCACCUAGCGCAGCCUUGAAUUCACAAAUUCGGUCAUGAGUUUACGGUUAUUUAACCUCAUAGAUGGUCUGCAUGACGUUAUGCCAGAUAUGUUUAUGUGUACCCGGAUGAGACGGAGCAACGUCUUUUUAGAAACUGUUAAAGUAGUGGAGUAGCCUUCAGCCCUAACCCGCCUCACACACGCAACGCCAUAAUCCCCCACCCCUUGUCCAAAAUCCGCCAGUUGCACUGGUCUGGGCAUUCAGAAAAGUCGAAAGCGGAUGAUGUUAGUCGAUUUUGGAGGUAAAAGGUAUUCGUGAGUGCUACUCACUGGACCGUCGUCAUUCUACUGUGAACGCAACUCAGCAUUUGCGUUGCGUCUCAUUGCCAGUUCAAACUGGUAGCACAUAAGGCGGCAGCAUAACUGAAGGGCAGCCAUUAUUUAACCCUGUUUGUUUUGAGGCAAAACCUUAAAGGCCUUCACUUCCUCCUCAUCCUCUCAUCACAUCACGUCCAACAUCGCCAAGCGUCUCCAGCUGAGACGCCCCAACAACGCACUUGUACUCGCCGGCCAGCCUGUUAUUCCGCCCUAUCUUCCACUCAGGAACUAGUGCACAAAUGCUGAAUGGAGAUCGGAGUUUAGCCCUAACCCCCCUCACGCAUUCUUUCUCCUCUUCAGGAUGGGUGCACCCCUGCUACAUGCCUAUCCUGACUGGCAGGUGCAGAGCGCGGAUGCCAAUGUAUGCCUUCAAUCCUCAGUUGGGUGCCUGUGUGGAAUUCGUGUAUGGCGGCUGUGGUGGCAAUUAUAAUCGUUUCGAGACCAAGGAGGAGUGUGAGGCGAUCUGUGGUGGAUUCCGUCAUCGAAUGUAG